AUGGCGAGAUCUCGAUCUCUGCUGAGCGCCCUCCUCCUCGGCGUCUUGGCGGCAGCGGGGCACGCCCAAAACACCACCACCGCCACCACGGCAGGCGCCCCAGCUACCACCGCGCCCACCGCAUCUGAUGCGCCCUGCGCGACGGGGCUCCACCUGAUCGUGGCGCGCGGCAGCUCCGAGCAGCCCGGCGAGGGUCGCAUCGGCGUCGUGGCGGGCAACGUGACGGAGCGGGUUCCCGGCUCGACCGUCGAGGCCGUCGAGUACCCGGCCACGCUGACCGACUACCUCGAGUCCGAGGGCGACGGCGUCGCGGCCAUGGCGGCGUUGAUCGCCGCUUACGUAGGCAGGUGUCCUGAUUCCAGGAUUGCGCUGCUGGGGUAUUCGCAGGGUGGUCAAGUCGCUAUGGAUGUCGUGUGUGGCACCAGCGAGGAGUCGUUCAACGCGACGGCUGACCUGUCACCGGAUUUCAAAGACAAUCUUGUUGCGGUCGUGACCUUCGGCGACCCCAGCCAUGUCCCCGGCGUUCCGUGGGACGCUGGUACGAGCAAGAAAGCAGGCAUCUUCCCGCGCGAGAACACGUCGGCCUGCGAGCCAUACUCGGACGUCAUCCGCGGCUGGUGCGACACGGGGGACAUCUACUGCGACAGCGGUAGCGAGCGCCUGGUGCACGGGACCUACUUUGCCAACUACACCAUGGACGCGGUGGAUUUCAUCGUCGGGAAGUUCAACGACUCCAGGGCGGCAGGCGGCUCGGGGGGCUCGUCGGCGACAGGAUCGUCUCCUAGUUCAACUGCGAGCACGACUGCCCCGGCUGGACCUACUGGACCUACCUCGACCAAUGGCGUUGGAUCGCGCCAUCCAUCAGGCCCAGUCGUGACAGGGCUACUGGCUUUGGCCGUAGCGUGCGUGGCGUUGCUCUAG